AUCGUCGCCCAGUGGUUCGCCAGUCAUCCGUCCCAAUGACGCUGCAAGUGUGCCAACAAUCUCUGAGAGCCCAGCAUCAAGCAUGCCCAGCACUCCAAAGGACGGCCAGAGCAGGACCGAGUCCAUGAAGAAUGCCACGAAUGGUGACUAUUUCAGCCCUCGACUGGUGUCAAUGGCGAAGAGCAUGCCGAAUACUCCUAACGGGAGUGGUCGAGGCAUUAGCUUUAGUCCACGGAUCCAAUUCCACGACGUAUGGUCGAGCACCGAGUAUGACCGCCGAGGCGAGAUCGCCACUUGCAACCGCCUCACGCCAAUGCUCGCACAACAAAUCAAAGAGGAGCUCAACACUUUCAAAAUGGAAAUGGAAGUGCACGAAAUGAGCAAGCCUCACACACACUUUUUCUAACGACAUGACCCAAAAGUUGGCGGACACGAAGUACGAAACGCACUUAUGGAGCGAUAUCACAGCCUCUUCAUCUGCACGCCGCACGGUGCAUAUUUCCUUUUCUGGAACUCGGCCCGGAAGUGAUAGGAUAUCAUCUAAUCUUUUUUCGACAUGGGAAGCAAUUGGGAGAUCAUUCGCGAGGGCGUCCUGGGCACCGUUUCAAGAGCGGCUUGUGGUGUGUGUGCAGAAUACGGCGUUCUUCUUGAGCGGGGACAUUGGUUCUUACUGUCUUGCUACUUGGGUUGAGGUCUUCUUUGACACUUUGUUUAUUGUCUCCUCUGGAUUAGCGACUGCAUUUGCUUGCACUACACCAGACCAAUGGAGGAAGCAGUGGUGAGGAAGAAGAAGAAAUUCAGAAACAUCGCCAUUUUCAACCUUUGGUCACAUCUCCACACCAUAUGUUUCUCUCCCUCGCUUUCGAGGUUAUCACUAUUCGAUACCAGGACGACCGUCAGUAUGAGAGGGCUUUGGGCUGCACCCCUGGCCUGGCGGAAAACUCUGCUGGCAGCGGCUGCGGGUUGGAAUUCCAAGGACCAACCAACCAUUGUUGUUGUUGAUGGUACACUUUGAUUGACUAGAUGAAGGGAAGGGUCAAGAUGAAUGGCAUGGACAUGGCACAUCGUUUCGAUGGGUCUCUCCAAUGAAGGGAUUGUUUAUGUUGUGUAUAUUCAAUGGAAUGCCAGACGGAAAGU